UAUGGCAAAGGCAACGAGCGUUUGUUCUCGACGUAAACUUGUAAUUUUUGCCAGCGAAUUAGCCAGCGCAAUUGGACGGCAUAGAUAUCAAUCCAGAGAAGAAACAUUUCAGCGAGUCUGGCUUCGAUCGCAUCAGCAAUCAUUCGUUUUUGCGUUUGCUUUGAGGUUUCAAAGCGACGUUCGUCCAAUCUUGGCAGUUUCUGAAGAAUUGUUGAUUCAGUUUCCAUCUUUGGAAAAAGAAGACGACCCCGUCGAUUUUGCUUCCGCUGUUAGAAAGGUAAUCUGCGACAUGUCUUUCAGAAGAUUGUACGGGCAAAUUCUGAAUUUUCUGAAAGCAAAGUUGUUGAAGAACGAGAAAGAAGAACAAAUCCUCGAGUCAGCAAAAGUGAUCGAACGUGUUACAACCGAGGUGAAGACACUUUGUGAGAACGAAAAAAAACUCGUGGAAUCUGCCGUGAAAGAGAUUUGUGACAAACAAGGGAUCAACACGAAGGAAGUUGUCAAAGCAGUGGAGUCCAAAAUUACCAAGGAUCGCGGAACAAAAUUGGAGGAAAAAGCUGUGCAAGAUUUUGAGAAAGUGAAAGGGAUCGAGAUCGAACGUCCGAUCGCACCUCAUCUGUUCUACCAGGAUAUGGAGUACAACGGAAUACAGUGGAGUGUAUGCGGUAAAGUGGAUGCCGAGACAGAAGAUAGCGUUAUUGAAGUUAAAAACAGAAGAAACCGAUUUAUGUGCCCAGAGUAUGAUUACAUACAGCUUCAAACAUACCUAUUCAUAAGGGGUAAGUCUAAGGGUGUCUUACUGGAGAGAUUGAAAGGUGAAAACAAAGAAACCUGCUUUGAAUUUGAUCAUGAGCACUGGGAAGAAGUGACCAUUGACUUGGCUGAGUUUGUUGCUGAAUUGUCAGAUGCCAUGAACAUGAGUAAACAGGCCUUGUAUGGGUAUACAUCACCAAAGAAACGAGGGCAUGAUCAAGUGGCUGUGGUUAACGAACAAGCUUGUAACCAGGACACAGAUGAGGGGCAAGUGAAGAAGACUGCUGUGGAAAAAGUGGAAGAGGCUACCACAGUUAUCGAAAUACAGGAUAAUAAUGAAUAGAGACAUUUGAGAAAACAGACCUCCCUCCUUAUAACAAAUUUCUAAGUCAUCUGAGUAAAAGUUGAACUGUGUUACAUAGUGUACCACAUCCAAAGAACCUACUUCAUCAUCUCAAUUUUACACACCCUGGCUUCUGCUCAAUAGGGCACUUUCCUUAGAGUGUGAUUCACCUGAUGACUGGGUAAAAGUAAAAUUGAGUGUCAUUAUUAUAGGUUAUAUAAUAGAUUCCAGUAGGAUUUUUUUUGGUUGUGAUUGACCAGCCUUUCUUCAUAAUCGAAAAAAAAAUUAAAUCCAUACUGAUAGAAUUGGUGCAUACCUAAGGAUAAAAAGAUCCUAUUAGGAAUUUCU